AUGCCCGCCUUCAAGGGUGUUUUUGCUGCGGCUCUCAUCAACCUGGAGAAGAGCAUUCCUCGCGCCUUCAGCCUCCCCAAGAAAUUACAGACCCGCUUUGAAGGCGUCAAAGCUGCCACAGACGGCGAUUACGAGGAAGUCAUUGCUUCCAAGACGGCCAAGAAAAAGAAUGGCUACGAAGAGUUGCCAGACUUUUUCAAGCAGCGUGAUGAAGGGCAAGCAGUAAUCUGCCAUGGCUGUCAAAAGUCUGCCACAGAUGUGCGAGCUAUCAUUCCGUGCAGCGUCUGCCCGUUCUACUGGCACAUUGACUGCCUAGACCCCCCUCUUGCUGUUCCACCCGUGCUCAAGAACUGGCGGUGUCCUCUGCAUCCGGAAGAGAUCAUGGCCGAGGUCCGUCCACUUGCACCAGCUCACCGUUUCCGCAAAAUCAAGGGUGCCCAGACCAUUGUGCCAGCUCUAUCACGCGGUAUCAAGAACAAUGGGCACAUCGAGGUGGAUUGGAGUGAUGAGUCCGAACCUGAAACUCCAAACAACUCUGGCUGGCCAGACCCUGACUCGUUCGGCCGAGCUUACAAGUUACCUGCGAAAGGCAUUGUGCUUGAUUUUAUUGAGCAGCUACGCCGUCAACAUGCUGGUUACGGUCCCCGUCGUGAUGAGCCCAGAUGGGUACAAGUCGCCCCGCCUGGAAGUGACCCAAACCGACCUCUUGCAGGUUCUGAUCUGCAGAGAACUGUGGACGAAAUGCAGUUAGCCUUAACGUUGACCAGCCUCAAGGAGAGCAAGUCAGAUGGUGUUGACCACCUGGUCACAGCCCUACUGGAUGCCGCUGAUCCCAGCGUGUUAUCGCUCAUGACAAAGACAGACGCCAGCAACGUUUCCACAGGCCACUUGACAGAUAACGAUAAGCGUAGUCUGCGUGCUCUUCUUGCUCAGGUGGACUCUGUGGGAAGUCGUAUUCGACAACUUCUUGGGGAGCCCGAUGGUGUUUCCGCUGCCCUUCUCAACGAGGAUGUCAUUCCAAGCAUCCUGUCCCCUCAGGACUCUGCCAUUGCCGAGCCACUCGACAAGGUUACGGCACUUCCAGUUACUGAACCUACUCCUCCCUCCACCUUUGACCACACCGAAGGCUCUAUGGACCUGGACUGA